CUCGAGGACAAUCUCUUCUGUGACACAACCAACAAGGGUGCAGCUGCGGCAGUUGAGCUCCAGAUCGACCGACGCGCAGAAGGAGGGCACGCGGAUGGCGUUUCCGGGCUGAGGAAAUGCUCGCCACCGCCGCGCAGUCAUGGCCAGAUCCAGCUGCGGGAGCACCGAGGGCGGCGACUCGCGGGUGAGCGGCCCGGCCGGCGGCGGCGAGCCGCGCGAGCUGGAGCCCCGGGAACUGUCUCUGGAGGAGGUGCUGAAGUCCUACGAGCAGCCCAUCAACGAGGAGCAGGCGUGGGCGGUGUGUUACCAGUGCUGCAGCGGGCUCCGGGCGCCGCGCCUGCAGGCCGCCGGGCUCCCCCGGGUGCAGGAGCCGGCCUCCAUCCUGCUGCUCCGGGACGGAACCGUGGCCAUACAAGCGGAACCGCCGCUCAAAGAUGACUCUGAAGCUCCUCCUCUUCCUCGAGCAGCGGAGCGACAGCUGGUCCAGUCCUUGGGUGUGGCCAUCUACCGGGCCCUGGACUGGGGUCUGGACGACAGCGAGGAGCGCGAGCUGAGUCCCCAGCUGGAGCGUCUGAUCGAGCGGAUGGUCCGAGGGAACGGCGCCGCCGAGGGAGACGCCUGCGGCAGCAACGGCACAUGUGACGAAGGCUACAGCGAGGAGGAGGAGGAGGAGCAGCUGCUGGAGGACGAGGAGGAGCCGGACGCCUCCUGCCGGCCGGUCUGCACCUUCCACCAGGUGAUGGCGCUGUGUGCCUCCCGGCUGGCCGACAGGAGCCUGGCGCCGGACCACUACCAGGCGGUCUGCAGGGCUCUGUUCGUGGAGACGCUGGAGCUGCAGACGUUCCUCAUCAGGAUCAAAGACGCCAAGGAGAUGCUGAGGAAGAUCUCGCGCGAGGAAACCACGCUCGCCACCGCCGAACUGGACGAACUCAAACACCGAGACUGGGCUCGUCUGUGGGUGGGGCUGAUGAAGGAGCUGCGUCAGGGCGUGAAGCUGAAGAAGGUCCAGGAGCAGCCGUUCAACCCGCUGCCCAUCGAGUUCAGCCUCACGCCCUUCGAGAUGCUGAUGCAGGACAUUCGCUCGCGCAAGUACCAGCUGCGCAAAGUCAUGAUCAACGGAGAGAUCCCCACCAGGGUGAAGAGGAACGCCCACGAGCUGAUGCUGGACUUCAUCAGGUCCAGGCCGCCCCUCAAACCGGCAGCCGAGCGGUGCCUCCCCCCUCCUCCCCCCCAGCAGCCGUCUCUCCACGACCGAGUCCUGGCUGAGAUCAAGAUGGAGAGGAAGCUUCGGCCCGUGGACCCACCCAGCUCCAGACCGUUCGGCUCGCUGCCCUGUCUGGCUCAGACCUGCCCUUGUAACGUCAAAUCCACGUCCUGCAUCGACCUGUCUCUGUCGGGCCAGGGGUGCCGACCCAAAGCGCCGGCUCGGCCUCGAGUGCUGCUCAAAGCCCCGACUCUGGCCGAGAUGGAGGAGAUGAACCUGUCUGAGGACGAAGACUCUCCAGACAGUGAGGAGCUCCGGGCGGCUGUGGCCGGACCCAUCAAGAGAGACCGCUCCUUCUCCGAGCACGACCUGGCUCUGCUGAGGGGCCAGAUGGCCCCGUCUGUCUCCGACUCCACCCAGCUGGAAGGAGGCGUCAGGCUCAGAGGAGAGCGAUGCAGACCCCUGACCACGCACCGAGCUUCUCUCCCGGUGCAGGGCUGGGUGCCGCCAGCUUCCCCGGCGCGCUGGUCCCUGAACUCAGUGGACGAGACCACGGAUGAGCCCAAGUCCAGGACUGGCCAGGAGCACCAGUGGAUGGACGAGUUCAGCCACCCCGUGGAGAGUUUGGCCUUGACCGUCGAUGAGGUCAUCAACGUGCGCCGAGUGCUGGUCAAGGCAGAGAUGGAGAAGUUCCUACAGAACAAGGAGCUGUACAGUAACCUGAGGAAGGGGAGGAUCUGCUGCUGCUGCAGAACCAGGUUCCCGCUCUUCUCCUGGCCGUCAACCUGCUUGCUGUGCAAAAGGUCGGUGUGCGGCUCAUGCAGUGUGAAGAUGAAGAUCCCCUCUAAGAAGAUGGCUCACAUUCCUGUCUACACCGUCGGCUUCCAGAGUCCCGCCAGGAACCAGGAACACAAAAGUCACAUUUACAAGCCUCUCCGGAGCCUGUGCCGGCGCUCGGUGGAGGAGGAGUUCCCUCACCUCUACGCUCACGGCUGCUCGCUGCGGGACAUCUGUGCCGAGUGCACCAAGUUCGUGGCCGACGUCAUCUCCUCCAGCCGCCGCAGCCUGGACUUCCUGAACAACACGCCCACCCGGGCAGCUCCAAGGCCGGCGCUGCAGCGGCAGGGUCGCCUGGAGCCGCAGCCCCAGCAAAGCUCCACGGCGUGACAGGCACGGAGCAUCGUAGACCAGUCCAUCGUAGCGGAUUCAACGUGCCUCUUCUGAGCGCCUCAUGAUUUUAGCUUGAAGAACCAAUAAAUGUUUAAGCAACAGCUUCAGUCCGUCAGACCACUCGCAGCGAUCCUCCCACACCGGACCACUCCCGUCCUCUUCAGGACAACAUUUGGUAGCUGAGACCAGCUUGACUGGUCUGGACAAAGACCACUCACUUUCAGCUCGCUGGGUUUUGAGAAAUAAGUUGGUGUGUUCUUCAGACUUUUAUUUUGAAACCUGGAAAGUGUGAGCUCUGCCUGUUCAUGCCUUUCAUGUGACAAAAAACAUUCAUCCCUCCAAGAUCUUGUUCAAUCCUCCUGUUCCUAGCUACAUGUGGGAGGUGGGGGACACCCUGGACAUCUCUCCUGCUUGUCACAGACAACCACUCCCACAUGAGAACUGAGUUUCUGGGCUGUGAGAGGAGACGUCCCAGCGCUGACCUCAGAACCUUCUACACAGCUGCAACGCCAACUAUGGCGUCUGCUCCAGAAAAUGCUCGGAUGCUAGUUUUUAAGAGCUGAAACAAUGUGCUACACCCGUGCAGGCGUGACCAACCUACGGCCCGCGGGCCACAUGGGGCCUGCUUUUGAUGUGGCCUCCCAACAUCAUUGAUGGGGUUUAAAAUCUGUAGCACAGCACUGAAAACAUCUUUCACCCUGUCUGUCCACCACCAGGCCCCAACUGAGCAGUUGCUAUAGCGACAAAUGGAUGCAUUUCUCAUUAUGAUUGCUAAACUUCAGUUUGCCUUUUUCGUGCAAUGUCCUCUCCCCCCAGAAGAUGGCGGACUCUGGACACCUUGAGUGUCGCAAGGUUUUGCCGUUCUGAUCUGCGUGGUUUUAUCGUGAAAGCAUGAAUGGGCAACGCUUUUAUAGGUUCAAAAUAAAAGUCUGAAGACAGAAGAUUUGCUUCACACUUUUGUCACCUCCAGGAGCGAUAGCCACGCCUCCACUUUUCCAGGUGGCUCUACUCCGAGUCUCCUGAGUCAGCAUGGUCACAGGAGCACUGAAGCUGAACACUGUGAGCGCGAUUUGAAGCGGCGGACUAGUGCGACGAAUGUUUGUUUUGUUGCCUUGUUUUUUAGACUGACAGAGCGGAGCGACUGCAGGUGAAUGUGUUUGGGAGCGGCGACACUGAAUGUAGCAACCGAAGCUGCAGAUUGCACCUUUAAACUGACGCAGCAUGCCGACGAGGACUCGUGAGUCCGGACGCUUGAAUUCUGCUCUGGUUUUGAAAACUGCAAUAAAACUGA